GCCACCGUCUCCUGAUGGACUUGACGUCAAGAGAUUCUGUAUUUUUCUGUUGUUUGACACCUUUUCUUCACACAUGAGCACGUUGGAAGUGGUAGAGACAUAAUUCAGCCCAUCAUGCUUUUAAAGUCAGGAGUAUUUCUCACCUUGUGUCUGUUUACUCUUCAGGCGAGUCGAAUCAAAGAACUGAAUGACAUAAACUUUUCCGGGCUCAGAGACGUGAAGUACCGGCAUUUUCUGGAAGCUUCCCGACCCAUCAGGCAUGCGACCAACGUCCGAUCCGAGCAGGACGGACAGCGGGUGAAGAGGUCCGCCGUCCACACCACCGGCGUCAAAGUGUGUCCCCAGGAGACGAUGAAAACCGUCAUUGGCAGCCACCGCGCCUACUACAAACUCAGAGUUUGUCAGGAAGCAAUCUGGGAAGCGUUCCGGAUCUUCCUGGACAGAGUCCCGGCCCCGGAGGAGUACCGGACCUGGGUGUUCACCUGCCAGCAUCAGAACCUUUGCAUGGACGACCUGGCCCAGAACUUCAGCAGCUCUCAGGAGCAUCUGGACCUGGUGGCCAGAAGAGUAGAAGAGGCUGAAAGAGAAGGGUUUGUUGCAGCUAAGGAAGAGCCAAGCAGUGAAUGCAGCUGGACUCCUCCUCCCAUUCUGCUUCCAGCAGAAACAGACGAGGUUAAAGACCUGAUUAAGGAGAACUACGAGGAAUACAUUGUUGAGUUCAGCAUCACCGUGUCUGACCCGACAUACAGCGAAAUGCUUAGCAACCCCGCAGCGCCGCAUUACAACAGCGUCACCAGAGAGCUCAGAGACAAGAUGGUUCACGUGUUUGAAAAAGUUCCAGGAUUCAAAGAAAUACGUGUUCUUGGAUUUCGCUCAGAGGAUCUCUCUGUGCGCUACGCUGUGGUCUUUAACGGAGAAACGGAGCUAAACCAAGACUUUGACAGUUUGGAGAUGGAAGAGAGAAAAGAGACAAACGAAGAUGUGAAUGCGCCGAAACUGAAACGCAUCAUCGUUACGGCCUUGAAGCAGGAGCCGACGCUGCUGCUGGACAUACAGACACUCAGCUUUGAGGCUGCACCACUACGCAAACUGACCAAGAAAGGCACACAAUGGUGCUGGGGUUCAAUCCCAGCAAAAGCCCUGCAAAACCUGAAAGACAGCUUAACCAGUGAGACUGUGAUGUCAUAUUUUGACCCUUACAAAGACACAGAACUGGUCAUAGACUGA